UUUGCACAAGCUCACAGCGGCUUAACAUCAAACGCUUGGGAUUUGGAUGACAAAGAAGUUUUUCACUACGUUGAUAUCUUCGUCGAGAGAUGCAAAAAUCUUAUUGAAAUAUGCUACGCUAUGAUCGAUUUUGCCCAAUUGGAUGAAAAGGCGGAGACAAUCCGAGGAAUUUUCAGUGGAACGAAUGGCAAAGAAUAUGAGAGAGUUUGUAAUAAAAUAGAGAAACGUUUUUUGGUUUAUUUACAAACACUGAGACUUAAAGCUCCGAAGAUAUUAGACGUUGAAGAGCCCACCUGGUAUGACGACAUGUUCGCAUUCCAGAACGAGAUGAAGGACUUGGAGAUUACAAUCGAGAACCUCGUGAACCUCGUGUUCAGAGACAUGAAUAAUAUCUGGCUCCUGUUUGCAAGCGACAUCCAAGCAGUGAAACAAGAGCUGGUGGAGGAGCGAAACGAGAGCCCGUCAAACACUCCAUAUUUUUCCGGACGGGCACUAAGCUUGAAGCUGAAAAGCAAGCGAUUAGAAGCGACUAGACAGCGGCUCUUGGAGACAAAAUGGGCUGGACAUUGCGGAAUUAGUUGUAAAGUGUGCCAUCAGCAGGAGAUGUUGGUCGGUUCCAUCAGUGAAACGAUCUUUCGGCUCUAUCACGAGUGGAUGGAUGACAUCGGUGAUAAUCCAAAGAGCCGGUUGGAUCGAUACUUGAUGCGACGGAGCGACGAUAAGCCGGGACUGCUGGAGUCCAACCUCGAUCCAAACCUUGUGAAUUUAUGCCGCGAGGCGAACUAUUGGCAGAACCUAGGCUUCCAAAUUCCCAUUUACGUACAGAUGAUCUAUGAUAAGUGGGACACGCUACAGUUCGUUUCUGAGAGCGUCCUUAUGCUUGUCCGUGCAUACAAUAGGAUACUUGAUGCUCUUUCGCCUCAAGAGAAGGCUUUUUUUCGGCGCCAUAUUACGGAUCUUGACGAAAAAAUUUACCCUGGAUUAUGCAGGCUCACUUGGAACUCUGAUUUGAUUGACGUUUACGUCAAAAAAUGCUGCGACUUUACUACUGAUUUUCAAGAAUUCUUAGAUACUUACAAAGACGUAAACUCUGCAAUUUUCCAAAUCUGCGAAAAAAUAAGCGUAACACCACUGGUGAAGUUGCAACCUAAUUUUGGGUACUCGCUAUCAGAAUUCGAAAGUGAAAUAAAAAACAGC